GGAGCUGCCCCACGUGUGAGCGGCGGUGCGGCCCGUCCUGAGCCACGCCGCUGUGCCCCCCGCGCCUCCCGCCAUGGCGGCCGUGCGGGUGGAGGAGGUGCUGGCGGCCGCCGCCGAGCAGGAGGCGGAGAAGCGCCGGAGCGUGACGGUGGAGAAGGAGCUGGAGCUGGAGUUCGAUCUGGGCAACUUGCUGGCGCUGGACCGUAACCCGCCCGCGGCGGCGGGGCUGCGCGGGGCCUGCCCGCGGCGGGAGGCCCUGCUGCGGGCGCUGGCCCGCGACAACACGCAGCUGCUGGUGGCCCAGCUCUGGGAGCUGCCGGCCGAGCGCGCCGGCGGGGCCGGGGGGCCGCUGGUAGCCCAGCUGCCCGAACCCACUUUCCGCCUGCCGCGGGAGAAGAAGCCGCCGCGUCCGCGGCCACCGACGCGCUGGGAGCAGUUCGCGCGGCUGAAGGGCAUCCGCAAACGCAAGCGGACCUCGCUGGUGUGGGACGAGCAGGCUAAGGAGUGGCGGCGGCGCUGGGGAUACCGGCGGGCUGGCGGCGACCCGGCCCGCGCCUGGCUGGCGGAGGUGCCGGCGGGAGCCGACCCGGAGGAGGACCAGUUCGCCAGGCUGCGGCGGGAGAAGCGGGAGCGGGUGGCACGCAACGAGCUCAACCGCCUGCGCAACCUGGCCCGCGCCCACCGGGCCGGGACCGCCGUCCCCGCCGCCCCCCUCCACCCCACGGGCCACCAGAGCCGGGAGGAGCUGGGUCACGUUGCCCGCGUCGCCCGCGUUUCCACCGCGUCCCUCGGCCGCUUCCAGCCUCGGCUGCCCAAGGAGUCGGCGGAGCCACCGUCCCGCAGCAGCGGCAAGAAACGGCGCUUCGAGCCCCUGCUGGGCAACCUGGCAGCCGAGCGCAGCCGGCAGCUGGAGCUGCUGCGGGACAUGGGCAGCAAGAAGCCGGUCCUGGACAUCACCCGCGCCGUCAACAAGCAGCUGCGGCAGGAGGAGGCCGAGGCAGCCGCCGCCAAGGGCAAGAAGCAGUCGCGGCGGGGCAAGCGCGGCCGCCGGCAGCAGAGGGUUGGCCGCAGCAGCAAGAAGAGUGGAGCCAGGCGGCAGCAGCAGCGGCCCGCGGCCGGCAGCAGCAGCGGUGGCAAGAGAAAGAAGGCAUGAGGGACAGAGGGACUGCCUGCAGCGCGGGGCUGGGCAUGCCCACCGAGGCGUGGGAAGGGACUGGCACUGCAGCCUCCCGCCCGGUGCUCCAUUCCCGCACCUGUUUGUCAAUAAAAGCGCUCCAGCCUUUCUUAAAUGCUCUGCGUUUGGCUCUUGGCUGGCAGCCCAGGGGGGCUGCAUGCUCUGCCCCAGGGGAGCUGGCGGGGUAUUGAGGGGUCGGGAGCCCCUGUUUCCCCCGCAGUGUUGCAGGGACAGACAGGUGACAUUGCUUCAUGGCUGCAGCGUUCGCAGCUGAGCACAUCUGUCCCUUGCUCAGGUAGGUGUGAGCUGUGUUUUGAUGGA